GCUGAAAGCAGGAGAGGGUCAGGCGUUUCUACAAAUGGCAUCCGGGAACCUUGUAGAGGCGCUCAUCCGCCGGACAUUGCUCGAGGACAACGUCAACACCGACGACAGAGGGCAGUCCGCUGAUGAGAAAUACCGCCCUCAGUCGACAAAAACAGGCAAAUGCCCAAAGAGCGAUCCCUGGGAAGUGGAUAUCGACAACGAUGACGUCGAGGUGAGGGUCCCCAUGCCGACGAAGACGAUGGGUGUGGAUGCUGCUUCAGACGGCAAGAGGACCGGGUCCAAGGCCGGUCAGAACAAAAAGGACAUCGUGAAAUUUGACUCACGGAGGAAAGUGAAAGAGGAGAGCCGUAAAGAGGCUCUUCUGAAGGAGUGGCGAGAGGCAGAGAAGGAGGAGGAGAGUCGGAGGAUGAAAAAUGCAGCUGUUUUUAAUUCGCGAGUGUCGGAGGAGAGAGACUCUAAUGAUAACAAUACCACCAAGAGAAUGGAUACAAACGACGGCACCACAUUGCCUGAAAUACUUGAUCAAACUCCCAUCAGACACCCGAAGGAAAGAGGGAAGAAGAACUGUUGUGGGAAAAGCAAACAGACAACAAGCUCGACUGACGGACACGCGAACGGCAAGGAAGAAGCCGGACCCACCUCUAAGAAGGAAAAGAGGGAAAAGUCAACGGGGGGCAAGCGAAAGCUUGGCAAGUCGCCUAGAGAUUCGCCCGCCGUAGCCGGCGGCCUAGAGCCCGAAACCAAGUACACCAAAUUUGAUAAAAACUCUAAUGCUUGCAGACAAAGCGAUUCUUCAGUCUCGGAAAAUAUUGAUGUUGGAUGUGCUGUGGGGAGCAACUCCAUGGCAUCAUCCCCAACCGAUCACAAACCAGAAGUGUUCAGGUAUAGCCACGUCGAGGAAAACGGCUCAGAGAAUAGUUGUGAUCAAGUUGCCAGGAAAGCUGAGCCCAAACCCAAACGGCCGAAACCUGGCUUAGGAAUGUCCAUGGGUCUCACCAUCGCGAGCAUGAUCGAGAAAACACUAGACGCCGGGCUGGGAGCCUCGUUGAAAGCUUCCAAGGCGGUGCCCAACUCCCCGGGGACAUCCGACUCCUCCUCCCGGGACUCCGAGACCAGCAGCUCGGCAUCAAAGAGAAAGGAGCUGCGUCAUGACGCAAACUCGUCUGCGUUUGGCAUCGCAGUCCCGAAACUCCGCUGGGCUUUAACCGGCCAACAACAGCAGCAAAACAUGGACCCGAAAUCAGGCCCGGAUUCGGGCAUGGGCGGUUCUGAUAGCAGGAUAUUUCACUCGUCAGGGCGCCCUCAGUCUCUCAAACAGACAUCGGGAAUACCACCAGCUGGUCCAGCAAGUUCGAGUGCAGGGCAAUCUCAGCUCUUCCAACCCAUCUUUCCAGUUUCGCGACUCGGAUCCUCGUCUCCGAUUAAGAUCGACAUCCCCCGCUCCUGCCCCUUACCGAGCUCCAGUUCGUCCCCAGGCUCCCCCAAGGACAGCUCCAUGUUCUCCCCUACCCAGAGUGACGGUUCCCUCUCGGCAAACCAGAGUGACAACGGUGCCUGCAGUCCAGGCAACAUGGCGGACGGGUCCAGUAGUAGCGGAAACAAGAAGAAGAAGCGAAAGCGAUGUGGAGUCUGCGAGCCGUGCAUGACGAAACAGAACUGCGGGGACUGUUCCAGCUGCAAGAACCGUCGAACGGGACACCAAAUCUGUAAGAUGAGAAAGUGUGUGGAACUUCGAAAGAAAACACAGGGACCCGACCUGGUCGGUAUGGAUGGCUCGACGAAUCUGAGCAGGGCCAAGGCAGGGCACCAGCCGUUUCCGCAGCUUACAGCUCCCCCUCCAAAGAAUGGCCCUUCGGAGAACCACAACUCGCCAACCACCACCCUUCCAAUGCACAACAGUACCGCCCCGGACUUCAUCAAACAGGACCCCUCGGGCCAACCCGCUCCCAACAUGAACUGGCCCCCCGCCCCUCCCCUAGUGAACGGGUUCAGCGGGACCGAAGGCUACCCCAAAAUGAACCACUUCCCUCAGACGGAGCUGACAAAACCCAACGUAGGGGACAGGUUAGGGGAAGGGCGGAGGGAGCCAAAGGAGGCGGGGAGUGACGGACCCCAGGUAAAGAAAGAACCCGGGGAGCCAAUGGGUAUCCCUGUACCCGCCCACCCACUUCAUCACCACCACCCUCAUGCAAAGUACGCCUAUGCUGCAGCUGCAAAGCCAGACAAUGCAAUGACCAACCCGCCAUCAGCAAAGGGUCCAAGUUACCCAGUGGCACCCAUUACAGCAUCCAGUAAGCCCACGGGGAGCCCGUCGCCACCCAUGCACGGACAUUACUUUGACAAGAAGCUCCAGAUGCAGAGUUCGGCCGCAAAGGAAGCACAACCACCAAUGCUGAACAGCGGUCACCCCCGUCCGACCAGCCUACAGUCCUACCCAUCUUCCUUCACCUUUCCAACACUUGGUUCUUCCAAGCAAGCCGAGUCAGCAGCUGCCAUCAACCACACUCAGGACAGGAGUACACCUGACUACAAAGGUAACAGCAUCACAACCCCAGUGUUAUCGCAAUCCCCCUCCAUGGAGAGAAAAGCACUGUCUCCUGCAGAUGCUGCUGAAUCCCUUCUUUCCCUAAGCUCCUCAAUAUCAGCAAGGCACUUUCCCUUCCCACCCACGCACUUCUCAGGGAAUCACGAACCGCGACUGCACGAACAGCGCCCUCAUGAAAAGCGCUCACUACCAACCUUUCUACCCAGUAGCGGCCCAUCCUCGGAAUCGCCAUCCCCAUCGGUCUCGGCGGUUCAGACGCAUACCAAGUCAGAGCCGUCGGAGAAGAAGCACAAGUCUCACAAGUCGGACAAGUCAAAAUCAGAAUCCAAGCUUCCCAAAUUGGAGCAGAGUAGACUCGGGGUGACGCUACCUCCGAUUUCCAUGUGCACCGGUGCCUUCCCGGGCAUGCCAGUACCAGGUGUCAUGCCAUCGACCUCGCAGAGCGGUAUAUCAGCUUCGGCCGGGAUGAAAUCCACCGGUAGGUCCCUAUUCCCUCUUCCCAGCCAAACGCUGUUGGCGUCGUCGACAAAGCCCGCGCCCAGAGAGGAGAAGACGGAGAUCAAACCCACAGACAAGGACUUGACGCCGCGGAAGUUGACGCCAGCUGAGUUGCACCGUAAGAUGCUGGAGGAUGACCAGAAAGAGGAGAUGCCUGAUUGUGGAUGCUUAGAGAAUGAUCGCGAUGAAGCACCGUACUACACACAUCUUGGAUCAGGACGGUCAGUUCAAGCCAUCAGAGAGCUUGUCGAGAAGAGGUAUGGACACAAAGGUAGCUGCAUUCGCCUGGAGAAGCUGGUCUUCUCUGGAAAGGAAGGCAAGAGCAGUGCGGGAUGUCCCAUCGCUAAGUGGAUCCUGCGGCGUUCAGGUUUAGAGGAGAAGAUCUUGGUCCUGGUGCGGAAUCGUCCCGGCCACCAUUGCGAGACGGCCUACAUCGUCAUCGCGCUGGUUGCGUGGGACGGCUGCGCGAGGAAGGAGGCAGAUGACACGUAUGACCUCCUGACACGGAUGCUACCCAACGGGGCCAUCCCGACAGUGCGGAGAUGUGCUGUAAAUGAAGAGAGAACCUGUGCCUGCCAGGGCUUUGAUCCGGAGUCUUGCGGGGCGUCAUUCUCGUUCGGCUGUUCGUGGUCGAUGUAUUAUAACAGCUGCAAGUUUGCACGCAGCAAGACUCCAAAAAAGUUCAAGCUGCAAGACAACAAUGACAGUGAAAAGGAGGAAGUACUUGAACACCAUUUCCAGCGAUUAGCCACCGAUAUAUCCCCGCUGUACAAACAGAUUGCACCCGAUUCCUACAAUAAUCAGGUUUUGUUUGAGAAGAAAGGCUCAGAAUGCCGUCUUGGAAUGCGUGAGGGACGGCCGUUCUCAGGUGUCACAUCUUGCAUGGAUUUCUGCGCGCACGCCCACAGAGAUCAGCAGAACAUGAACAACGGCUGCACUGUGGUGGUGACAUUAACAAAAUCAGAGAUCCGUGACAGACUGCCUGACCCUGGCGACGAGCAGCUGCACGUGCUGCCUCUUUACUACCUUGACAACACAGACGAGUACGGCAGUGUCGAGGCUCAACAAGAGAAGGUGAGACGUAAUGCCAUUGAAGUCUUGACACACUAUCGCCACAAGGCGAGGAUGAGGCCGAAGCAGGAUCCUGUCAUUCCAAAGGGGGCGCAGGUCCGAGGCAAUCGACACAGUCAUGGUGAUAAGAACAGUCCGAGUAGAGGAAAGGGUGCUGCAGCAGCUGCAGCAGCCGCUGCAGCCGCAGCCGCCAGGGCAGCAACGCCUCAGGGUAGCAACCACCAAAGUAAUCACAGUGCGAGUUCUAGUUUCACGCCGACAAAGGAAGCUGCCGAGGGGAAGAGUUCUGGGAAGCCGACCAGCAAGCAAGAGGCAGCGGCAUCAUCAGCAGCUGUUCAGAUCAUGCAGAUUCCACCACAUCUGUGGUCACACUACCAGCAGAGUGUAGAGCAGGUCCGGGCAGCAUGGCCCGGAGUGGAGAUGACGCCCAGUGGGCUGGCCGCUGCGGCUGGGCUGAGGCCCGAGAUGCACGGAUUACACCCCAUGAUGUAUGAGAGUAUGCAGCGGGAAGCCAUGCAAAUGAACGCUGCUGCGGCUCAGGCCGCCCAAGCAGCGGCGAUGCAUCCUGACUGGGCACGAAUGUACCCACACCAGGCGAGGAUGUUCUUACCCCAGUACGCCCAUCCGGGCAUGGUCGGGCUAGCAACUCAUGAGCAGCUUCAACAGAACCCUGCUCUGGCACGUUUCAUGAGCCAGUACGCCAAUGACCCGUACAUGGCGGGUGUAGCGCAUGCCUACAUGAGGUAUCCACACUAUAGCGGACUUCCAAUGGAGGAUGUGAAACCUGAUAUGAACCAAUUAGGGAACUUAAUGAAACAAGGACGGAGUGAGCGAGACGCCAUGUACAGUGCGUAUGGUAUGAAGUACGGCCCUCAGCAUCCUGCUGCAGCUGCAGCAGCUGCUGCGGCUGCUGCAGCAUACGGUAGCUCACGGGGAGAGCAAUUGGACUUGAGCAGAGACCACCAUACACCGCGACCAAAUGCAGCCGCCUCGUCUGCAGACUCCAAAUAUUCCCAGAGUCUAAUGUCCAACGGUCUGAGGCAGGAUCUUGGGCAUCAUCCAACCACCACCCACUCUGGUCCCAAAGACAGCAUUUGGAGGCCGCCAGUCUUUCAGAACAGCCCCUCCCGGGAGAGCACCCCAUCCCAGGAGCACCACCCCUCCUACCCCAGCCAGGGGACGCCUCCGUUUGGGUCUGCGUUUCAUGAGCGGGGAAAGUCCUCAAGUGAUCCAAGAAGUGCAUUCCCGCCAGAAGCCAGUCACCAACAUCGAGACUAUCCCAACUUCAGUCACCGUGAAGGUGGGCAAGCUUCGCAGGGCAGACCGCAUGAUGCACAAAGGAAUUCAUCAGACAGCCACAAAUACGCAAUGUACCAGCAGCAGCAGCAGCAGCAACAGCAACAGCAACAACAGCAAGGUCACCCAGACCACAAUAGCACCCGCCGUGACCUCUCCCAGAGCUAUCCACCCCAUGAUACCAAGCCUUACCCAAGGUUACAUGAAGCCUCUGCCUCAGGCUCCGCCUCCCAACAACAGCAACAGCAUGAGAAGACCAAGACUAUAGCGGAGCAUCUCCGGAUGAUGGAAGCAGGGGGUUCAAACCCAAGCACUCCAGUCCCAGUUGCCUCAGCUCUUCUACCUCAGCCCUCUCCUAAACAUGAAGAGCCCACAGAAGUGGAGUGCACCUCGGACAGCGAAGAGUGCUUCCGAGACCCAACAAUCGGAGGUGUGGCUAUUGCUCUCACCCACGGCUCGGUCCUCUUUGAAGUUGCAAAGCGGGAGCUCCACGCUACCACGUCACUCAUCAAGCCAGUGCGACAACAUCCCACCCGCAUCAGUCUUGUCUUCUACCAGCACAAGCACAUGAACUUCCGUCACCAUGGGCUGGAGGAGUACGAGCGUAAGAUGCAGGCGCGACAGGAAGAAGCUGAGGAAACGGCGCGUCUCAACGGGGAGACCCCACCCCCGCGUAAAGGUCGUAAGCGGCGCCUCUCCACCAGCGACGACACUGUGAUUCCAGACAAGACUAAGAUUAAGUACAACACAGACUCCAAGAAGGUACCAACGAAGGGCGCCCCUACGCCGUCCACGAGCACGGUCACCACCCUGACAUCGACAGCUUUCCCGACUGUCACGGGUCCGUACCAGAAGUGGGUAUAGAUAGCUGGAAUUUUAAAACAAAAUCUGUUACUCCAUGCAGUGGGAUAUUUGUUCACCCUUCGCCCUAUGCACUAACCUUGCAACUUCAUUGCUAUGCACUUUAGAUCUGAGUUCACCCCAAUCAGAAAAGUUUUUUUUAAACAUCGGAUUUUAGUUAUUUGCCUUUAAAAAAAAACGAUUCCAAUAAUGAGAUUGCCAAUUCUGUUUCAUGGAUAACACACUAAGGUGAUUCAUUUACCAGGCUUUGGUUCAUUCUAACUGUUCACCAACCAAAUCUGGCGUAGUUUCUGUAAAAACAAUUAUUAAAAAAUUCUUAAUCAUCAGGUAAAAAACACAACUCGCCAUUUUUAUAUCAAAUUUUCAUACCUCAAACUGGUAAAAGAAAAAGUACUCUUUUGGUGCUAUGUUGUAAUUCCAAAAUAAAUUGUAAUGAUUUUUUUUAAUCUGUACCCAUCAUAGAAUAUAUUACAUGAAACAAGAUAUUUAAUGUCUUCAUUCCCUUACGUAAUCCAGAAGGGAAUUUUAGAAAUGUUAUUUUGAAGUAAGAUUUUGUUUUAAACUGGGGAAGACUGUACCCCAGUUGUUUAUACUAAGUAUAUAUUCUAUGUUGGGAAUUGUAUUACGAGUCAGGACGUAUGUGGUGUGGGUUGAGCCCCCUUCAAAUCUCGGCUAUUUCGAACAGCAGCUCUUCCCAUAUUCCCAUAUUUUCUGUUGAAAAGUAUUGGCUUUUGGCUUUUUAAAAGGUCUUCAAGAUGACGUGCUCAAUGGCCGAAGCCUGACCUAUGACAUUUAACUGGCCCAUUGAUUUGGGUGCAUCAAAGAAUGAUUUUGAUUGGUUGAUGCGCUAUCUCACUGCCAGCCAAAGAGAUAAAAUCAUGAAUAUUCAUCUGACCAAUCAAGUGACAAAAAGGACUUUUUCCUGAGUAUUCUGUCACAAGGGUCUCGCGUGAUUGGACCAAGUUUUAUAGUCUUUAAAUUUUAUUGGUGUUUUUGCCUGAUCUUUUGUUGAGGCAAAUCAAAACAAUUUGUAAAGGUACUGUAUUGUUUUUAAAAAAAAAAUACAACUGAAAUUAC